CUGCGGGAGCGGGACGACGUCGUCGCGACGGAGACGCGAGACGUGCCGCGUGUGCUUCGCUGACCCGAUUUUCGAGCCUGGGAGGUGGAUCCACUCGGUCGAUGCGUGCCGUUUUUGCCAAACGGGACCAGAGUUCCGCGCUCGAGUCCGGAGACAUUGGCUGAUCGGACGAAAGGGGAAGGGAGAGAGAGGGAGGGAGAGAGAGAGAGAGAGGGAGGGGGGAUUCUCGACGAAAAUAAGGGAGCGAGAGUGACGGGCGGUGCGGUGAUAUUUCAUUGAGGAAGAAAACAUGCCGGACACGAUGUCGUCACGCCUCGUCGUGUCGGCCGACAGGUCCCGAAAGGUCACGUCGAGAUCCUCGUGACCGAGCUCGUACAUCCGACACGUUUGACGUGAAGCGAGGCGAAGCCAACGUCUCGGCUUAGAUCCAGCCACGAUCGCGGUGUCGCUACGUGACAUAUCUCCAAGCUGAUAACACUUCUUGUCAGUGCUCCAUCCGAUUUACGUUCGUGAAAGGACUCUUCCUCGAAUUCGCUCGGCUAUGGUUGUAGCUAACAGCGGUGGUUGGGUACAAAAUGCCAGUUCGCCCGCUGGGCAGAACAACUCCAACUUGAACCAGAACAAUACGCAGAACAACAACACCACCAACAACAACAACAACAAGAUGACCGCGAAAGGCGUUCUCAUCUGUCGGGACAAUUCCCAUCCCUUCCUGGAGCGUACGUUGACACUGGAACAGCCAGUCAAGAUUGGUCGCUCGGUGGCCAGGGCGAGAGCCGCGACAAACAACGCAAUCUUCGAUUGCAAAGUGUUGUCGAGGAAUCACGCGCUGCUCUGGUACUCCUCCGGCAAGUUUUACCUGCAGGACACGUGCAGCAGCAACGGCACGUUCGUAAAUAAUCAGAGACUCAGCGCUUCCGGGCUGGAGUCAACGCCCAAGGAGGUAUGCUCCGGGGAUAUAGUGCAAUUUGGCGUGGACGUAGUGGAGAAUACAAAGAAGGUGACCCACGGUUGUAUAGUCGCCACCCUAAAGCUCUAUCUGCCGGAUGGGAAAGAGGCCAAGGCCAGUCUCAGCACCUCCGUCAGCUCGCCCGCCGGCAACGUCUCUCUCGAGGAUCUCUACAAGCUUAACCAGAUAAUGCAGGAGGCGUCGAGGCGAGAGAAAGCAUUGUAUUCGAAACUGGGCUAUCUGCAGCAACUGGUGGAGAAUACUCGGAAAGCCGCCAACCAAUCGUGGAAGGCACUCAUCACGGAGGAUCGUCUGCUGUCCUGGGUAAUGACCGUCGAGAGUCAGCUGACGGUCUACUCGAAGAACUAUUCCGAGGACAAAAUGAGGAACGAACUCGCAAAGGUUCAGGAAGAUAAGGCGCAGUAUCAGAACGUCGCAAAGGAGGCGUUGCAGAAGGUCUUGCAGGAGAAACUGGAGGUCACUCAGAGACUGGUGCAAUUGGAGGGGCGUUUGAACGAAACCGAGGAGGAGUGUCAGAGUUUGCACAACGUCGCCAAGUACACGCAAACGGAGCUGCAGGAGCUCAGCGCCAAGUAUGCGGAAACGCAGAAGAAGCUCCACGAGACCAGCAACAAGCUCGUCGAGAGCGAGGAGAAGGUGAAGGACGUGCUGCUCGGCGCGGAACAAGAGAAGCGUGAUCUCGCCAAGCGGCUCGAGGAUCAGUCGAAAGUCGAGAAGAAUCUGCGCGCGAGGCUGCACGAUUCUCGGUUAGAUUCCGUCAAUAUUUACAAGCAAAUCACCGCCUUGAGGAAUUACGCGCAGACCCUGCAAGAUAUGAACCUGAAGCUGGAGAUCGGCGAGAAUUUUGACUCGAAGGGCGAGGAGAAUCCCAUAGAGGCUAUCAAUGCUAUUCUUAACAAAUUGAAUUCCAUUCAUGUCGACAACAUGGAGACGGAUAUCGAGAUUAAUUAUUACUUUAGCAAGAGUGAGCAGGAUAAUCAGUUGAAUUCCUCGGAUGUCGACUCGAAGCAGCUGAAAUCUGAUUUAUCCUUUACCAAAGAGCAGAUGGGCGACAUGCAGACGACAGCCGACGAUAGUCUCACCGAAUAUAUUCUGCCACCGCCGUUAUCGUCCAGACGAACUUUAGUCAAUGGGAACUUGGCCAAUCUAGACAACGGCGACACCAAUGGAGACUCGGACACAAACUCAGAAGCGACCGACGACACGUGCAGCGUUACGAAUGGCGACACGAGCGAGAAGAGCGUCAUAGAGAAUAGGAAGGAGGAGCAGGACUACUGCACGGUGGAACAAGCGUUGAAGCAGGCGUUCGUACCUAGCAAGCUGGAGGUGCGAUUCGCUAAUGUUGACAACGAUCAGCAUCGCGAGUCGACGAAGCAAAUUGCCAAAGAUGACAAAGUCGCGGAGAUUCCGACCUUCCCGGGUACCGAGGAUACGCUAGACAACUGUACCGUCAUCGAUCCUGCGGUAGAUGAACAGGAGGACAAGGACGUGCCGGAAUGCGAGGAGCGCGCCGAAGGAGAUUACGUUAAAACUUUGAAACCCCUCGCGAAAAAUGAUACGAUGCAACAAGCUCUCCACUCGAAAGACUACGUGCUGCAGACGUUGAUCGGCUCUCUCGAGUCGUUGAGAGGCGAGGAUAGUCUGGAGGCGCGGCAGACGGUGCAGAGGGAGCUGGAGGAAUUGAAGGACUGGCUGAUACGCGAGCCGAACGAGAUCGUCAUUGACAGGCUGAAGGAGCUCUACUACCGCGCCAAGAACGAUGCGCAGCGGAUGCAGGAGGUCAACGAGGAGCUGGUUAUAGUGAAAGAAAAGUACAACGCGUUCGUCGAGGAAAAAGCGGAGCUGUCCAAGAAAUACAUGUCCCUCAAAUCACAAUGCGGUGAUCUGCUGAGUGCGACUUACACCGUACCGAUACAUUACGUCGCACCCAUCGCGUUCAUGCUCGUGUGGAUGCUGUGGGAGAAAAUAUUCUAAUCCUCCCCGCCAUCUAAUAUCCCUUUAUGUACAUAUAACACCUGUUAUCCUUUCCAUUUCUUUCCCUCCUUUUACAAUAUCGACUUGAACUGUAAUUGACUGUAAAUUUCGUUAAGCCUCCCGUUUUGUCGUUUGAAGGCGACCACAAUUUCAUGUUUUUUAUACAAGCAAUCGUUAAGAAUUGUACAUAUAUACAUAUAUAAAUAUUUGUUUAAUUUCUCCCGAAAUCGAGUCUUCUCGGGGCUAAGGAUAAGGAGUCUCUCGUUAGGAAUUUUGCAAUGUUCGGCAAGAACGUGUCGCGUUAUUACAAAAGAAGGAGCAAGAUCAAAGAUCAUCUCUCGCAACACGGAAGCUCUCGACUUGUGCUCUUUGGGGAGUAAAAGUAGCUGGAGGAAAAUGUAGGCACGAUACCACGUAAAAUGUUCAACAUGCUGCCAAGCUGCUAAAUAUCAUAUCUUCUAUAUAAUGUGGCUCAAUUUUACAACAUAUUACGUAUUUUGUUACAUAUUUCUUUGUUUAAACGAUACGUUUCCCUUUCUAUAUAGCAUAUUCUAAAGAUUUAAAUAUAUAUAUAUGUAUCCUUUACUGCGGAUAGAAUUUAUGAGAAUACUCUCCCAUGCAAUACUCUCUCAAAGCGAAAGAAAGAAACAACACGCACGCACACCUGUACUCUUGUUUUCGACUAUUCAAAACCUUCAUACAUUUGUACAUAGACAAUUGUAGAAAAUUCAUUGGCUAUCAGGUGAUACGCUUUCUUUCUUUCUUUCUUUCUUUCUUUCUUUUUCAAGCUCUUUAGUUGAGAGCGACUCUAAGAGUUGGAAACGAUCUUAGCAGGCGAUAGUGAGAGUUGAAGAGAGAGACGUAUUACAUUAGCAUGCGUAUAUUACACAUGUGUUGCUUUCGCGCCUCUUCCGAUCACAAUCAUUUCUCGAGCGAAAAUUCGAUCGCGAAUCGUAGUCUUGCGGCGAAUCUUGGGUCCUUAGACCUUGUUUUACACAACGAUACCUUAAUUUUCUUUCCUUCGUAUGUAUACAUGUUGGGUAGCGUGACAAUAUAUAAAAGUGCAUAUCCGUUCGAGCGACCUAAACGCAAAUGAAUUAGCGGAUAUUUACCUGUCUAAGGCAAAUUUCUCUCAGCACUCAAUACCGUUCUAUCGAUCCUACCUUGGAAUGGCCUUGAUAUCGUCUGAUAACGUCUUAAAGCGGGAAGAUCCAACAUAUAUAUAUAUAUAUAUACAUAACCGUAGUUUUCUAUAUUAAUUGUUUUGAUACGAAACGUAAAAUGAGAAAAUUGACAGUAUUUUCUUAAUUCGUUAGUUUAGUUUAGAGAGUGCCAUGUCUACUUGUACCGCAUUAGAUAACGGAAAUCAUUGUGUGUCGCGGCGAAAACAAAAAGGUGGUAUGUGACACUUCCAAAAAAGUACGCCACAAGUCGGUCGGUCGGUCGGUCGCUCGUUCGUUUAAGCGAGCUCACUUUCUUGGCAGAUUAAGCGUAUAUAUCAAAUUAUCAAAAUACAUAUGGUAAAUAAAAACGCUGUACAUAGUAAUGUUGAUAUAAUCUUACUACCGAUGUAAUAGUCAUUAUACGAAAAGGGGAAAUAAAAACUAACUUAAUUAAUUAAACAAGAU